UCAAUCUGACCUCCGAUGGAAAGUGAUUGCAAUCUGAGGAAAUUAACUGGGAAUGGCGGAAGAAACAGGGACGACGAAGGCGAAGAGGAAGAUGGGAGACGGAAGAGAGAAGGCAAAGAACUCCAAGACGAAACCAUCUCCAUCUCCAUCUCCGACCAUUGCCAAGUGGCCCCUCGUCAAGCCCAAGCAAGAUCUCCAGAUCACUCGCCUCAAGGAUACCGAUCUCUUCACCAUUUGUAUCGGAGAAGGGAUGUUGAGCCUGGAAGGAAUCUCAGAUUUCAGGUGCAAAAUUUUUUUACUUCAGCUGAAUCUAAUGCAUUUGUAAAAGUUGCUGAAUCCAUUGGCUUUGUUCACCAAGGAAGCCUUGGUCCAACAAAAGGUGAAGCUUACAGGGACAAUGACAGGAUUUCUGUCACUGAUCCCUUGCUUGCAAAUGCAAUAUGGGAAUCUGGACUUAACAAAUUGUUCUCUGAUAUCAAAAUUCGAGGGAGGGUUGCUGUUGGGUUGAAUCCAAAUCUCAGAUUUUACAGGUACAACGUUGGUCAGCGGUUUGGAAGACACAUUGAUGAAAGUGUUGAUCUUGGUGAAGGAAAACGUACCCACUACACCUUACUAAUUUACUUAAGUGGAGGUUCAAAGUCAAAAGCUAAGAAUGAUUCAAGCAACCAUAGUAAUUCUCCUUCAGAGCUGCUAGUUGGAGGAGAAACUGUCUUCUACAAUUCAAGAAAUGGUAUUGUGGCUGAGGUUGCUCCAGCUGAAGGAAUGGCUCUGCUUCAUAUACAUGGCGAUAAGUGCAUGCUUCAUGAAGCCCGCAAUGUGACAAAGGGGGUCAAGUAUGUCUUUCGUUCUGAUAUAGCUUUUGCUUGAGUUCAAUUUGUUGAUCAAGCCUUUAACAGUCACAUAGAAAGAUAUUUAAGCAUAGAUACGUUUUAUAUCUGGACGAAGGGAGCUUGGUCAUCAUUCAAAAGCGUACUGCAUCUGCUAUUACCAUUCUGAUAAUCUUUUUACCUUCUUCCUUA